GUGUCGGUUCUUUCUCUCUCUAUCUCUCUCUGCGCCUCUCCAUGUCGGUUUCGUUUCAGUCUUAGACUGAUUCCUCCACAGUUCAGCACUUCACUACCCUUUUCUCUUUUCUUCCCCCUCCUCUCUCUCUUUUGAAACUCCCUUUCUAUAUAUUUUGGAGGUUAAAGCUGGCGAGUCUGAUCCAUUUCUGUGUACUAAGUGGGAAACCUCAAGUCUAGUCUGCUCUAAGUGUGCUCUGUUUGUUUGAUUUGCUCUUCUUGGUACUGGGUAUUAGUUGUUUUAGCUGGAAAUUAGCUUAGAUCGUCAUCAUCCCAUUCUUUGUGUGUUUCUCUGAGUAUCAGGUUGAUCAGGGUCUGAGGUGUUGUGAUCUCUGUUGUUUUGUUUUGAUCAAGGUGUUUAUAAAGUUUUCAGACCAUACGAGUGUUUCAAAUCUAGUUUGAUAGUCGAUUGAUCGGUCAAUCUCUUGUUGGGUCUGAUUCAGAUCUUCGAAAUAGGUGGUAGAAAUGGUGGAUCUGAGUGACAAAGGAUCGUCAGAGUCCGAAGACAUGAACUCUCACACACCUGAUAGGGUUUCAUCGGAAGGAAACAAGAUCAAGACCUGUGCUGAUUGUGGUACCACCAAAACCCCUCUCUGGAGAGGUGGCCCAGCUGGCCCCAAGUCACUGUGCAAUGCAUGUGGGAUCAGAAGCAGGAAGAAGAGAAGAGCGAUUCUGGGUGUUAACAACAAGGAGGACAAGAAACCCAAAAAAACAAGUACCACCACCACCACAAUCGGAAACAUCCAAAAUCAAAAACCAAGUUCAAGCAAUAAUGGCAACAAAUUGGGCGAUUCAGUGAAGAGAAAGCUGUUCUCAAUCGGGAGAGAGAUGGUUUUGCAGAGGCCGAGAUCGAGAUCCACAUCGUCGGCGGCGAUGGUGAAUCAGAGGAGGAAGUUGGGAGAAGAAGAGCAAGCGGCCUUCCUUUUGAUGGCUCUAUCGUGUGGCUCUGUUUAUGCUUAAGCUUUAGUAGUAGUAGUAGUAGUUUGCAAGUAGAGCAAGAAAGUUUGAGAGCUAGGUUUUUUUUUUAAGUGUAACUUCUAGUCUCAAUCCAACUUAAUUUUCUUUAAUUUUGCUCCUACUUAGUGUAAUUCUGUGCUUUGUUUAGUGAUCAUUUGCCUAUUUAGUGCUAAACAUCUAACUUUUAAGAGGCAUAGUUGUAUGA